AUGACCCCGGACGUGGCGAUGCCCUCUCGGAUGGCGAGGGCGGCCUCGCCCCCUGCAUCGGCGCUGCGCCCGAAGCGGGGCAAGGCAGGCAACCCCAAGGAGAAGGCCGACCAGCAGCUGGCCAUCAUCGCGAAGCUCGCCCUCGCCGCGGCCCGACAGGCAGCGCAGCUCGAGAGCGCGUGCUACACCACGAUGUUCAUCAGCGAGGCCGAGGGCAGACUGGGGCAGGCGCGCCGCAAGAGCGGCAUCGACUACGACGGCGAGAGCAAGAGGCUCCGCGAGAGGGUCGCGGGCGGGGAGUCGGUCGGCUUCAAGGCCCGCGGGCCGCCCCACGCCCACCUCUUCGGCGCCGCAAACGGGCACAAGAUCUCCCUGGAGUACUGGCAGCAGGUCAUCGUCGCCAAGAAGCCCCAGGAGAUCGCGGAGGAGGUCCUCCACUGCAAGUACCGCAAGGCGAGGGCCACGGGAGAGGACGCCAAGGGGGUCCUGUCGUUCGUGCUGAACUCGAGGGCGCCGUCCGCCAACUCUCUGUACCCGGUUCUUGUGGACGACCCCUCGAAGGUGGAGAAGGCGGAGGCGGUGCACGGUCCCGCGCCGAGGGGCCCCUUGGAGCGAGAGGCUGGCGACUUGCUCCAG